UUUAUUAUUUUUUUUUGGUAAUCAUAAUGACCACUACUAUUAGUUUUCUAGCUCUAGCAGUACUGUUACCGGUGCUGUUCAUCAUUGACCAUCAGCACCAGUAUAUCAACUGUCAGCACGUGCACGAAAUACACAACGCCAUCGUACUAAUACGUGGCGGACCAAAAUCGGGUGGACUAGUCAGGGGAGAGUUGCGGUUCAGGGAAAACAAAAACGGUCGGGUCAACAUCAGAGGCCAGAUUGAGGGUCUGGCCAAAGGCCAGCACGGUAUGCAUGUACACCAAUGGGGCGACAUAUCGUUGGGUUGCGAAAAAGCGGGCAGCCAUUUUGAUGCCCAUCACGCCGCUCACGGAGCAAGAGGUUCGCACGCGCAUACCGGCGACUUUGGCAAUAUAGUGGCCGCCGAUAACGGUGUGGCCCGGGUUAACAUUAACGACUCGUUUGUCGAACUACACGGCGAUAAUAGUAUUGUCGGCCGAGCUAUACUGGUUCACGAGCACCGGGAUGAUCUGGGUCAGGGCGGUAACAAUAAGUCGCUUAUUACGGGCAAUGCCGGCAGUCCUGUUGGUUGCGGUGUUGUCGCCUGGGAUGACUAAUAUAUAGGAGUCCUGUCCUGAGCUAACUAUUAUUAUUAUUAUUGUUAUUAUUAUUAAUUAAUUAAUUGAUUUCAUUUAUUUUACUAAAAUACUGUAUAA